UGUAUUUCUCCCAUAUAAGAGUCAUGUAAUUGAAGAGUUUUGACGUGUGAUUAUUGUUUUCGGAAAUUGGAUUAUAUCCCCUAAGUGCCUUCUAGAAAAGAAAAUGGCCGCGAUUAGGCGAGCAUGCAGCGGAGUGACGCAGAGGAGCUGUAAACAGAGCGUUUUAACAUCUUAUAAUCCACAGAAAAACUACAGUAGUGAUGUUUCCUCUGCUAAAAGACACCAGAUUUUGAUGCUGACGACAUGUCCAGCUCAUCGUAACUGCGUUGAUGCCAUUGGAUAUGCAUCUGUUCGACCCUUCCACACCAGUACACGGUUAUCAAAGAGGAAUUUCUAUGAUGUACUAGGUGUGCCAAAAAAUGCUGACACAAAACAAAUUAAGAAGGCUUAUUAUGAGCUUGCCAAAAAAUAUCAUCCUGAUGUGAACAAAAAUGAUAACAAUGCUGCAGCCAAAUUCCAGGAAGUUUCUGAAGCAUACGAGGUUUUAAGUGACGAUAGCAAGAAGAGGCAGUAUGAUACAUUUGGAACGACGAGUGGGGCAGGUGGAGGACAUCCGGGAGCAGGGUUUGGACAAGGACAACAUGGUGGUUUCCAAGGUUUUUCAGCUUCUGAUCCAGAAGAACUUUUUCGUAAUAUAUUUGGAGACAUUUUUGGAAAAGGUUUUGGUGGAAGUACUGAUUAUGAAGAAUCAAAAUAUGGAUUCGCACCUGCAUCAGAGGUCAUGAUGGACCUAACAUUCCUAGAGGCUGUACGGGGCUGUAAUAAACAGAUCCACUUGAACGUCACAGACACUUGCCCGAGGUGUAAUGGCCGCAAGGCAGAACCUGGUUCCAGUGUCGACACCUGUCCCCAGUGUAAUGGCACUGGAAUGGAGACUAUCAACACAGGUCCCUUUAUAAUGAGAUCAACAUGUCGGCGCUGUAUGGGCAAACGCACAAUUAUCAGCAAACCAUGUUUUGAUUGUCAAGGCAAAGGAAAAAUUAUCCUUCGUAAGAAAGUAAUUGUGCCAGUUCCUGCAGGUGUAGAAAAUGGUCAGACUGUGAGAAUGCCUGUUGGGCAACAAGAGGUGUUUAUAACUUUUAAAGUUUCAAGAAGUCGAGAUUUCCGGCGUGAGGGAGCAGAUAUUCAUAGUGAUGUCAAUAUAUGUAUUUCCCAAGCUGUGUUGGGAGGUACAUUGAAGAUCCCUGGUGUAUACGAAGAUAUACUUUUAAAGAUUCCCGCGGGGAGCCAUUCCCACAGUAGGAUCAGGAUGACUGGGAAAGGUGCGGCCCGUGUCAAUAGCCAUGGACGGGGUGACCACUACAUCCAUUUAAAAAUACAAGUACCCAAAUCAUUAACAGAUACACAGAAAGCUAUAAUUUUGGCUUUUGCUGAAACAGAAAAAGGAGUGAGUGGCACUAUUAACGGGCUGGUCGAUACUGAUAUAGGUUUGUGGGCUGUUGAGGACAAAGAUGGUGGUUUGUUGUCCAGGAUCAAAGCUGUUUUGAAUGAGGAAAACAACAGAAAAUAUAAUACCAAUACAUGCGAUACAAAAAUGGAAGACACCACAGAAUGUUUUACAAAAACAGAAAAACAGAAAGAAGACAGUGGUGAAAACAAAAACAAAGAAAAAAUUCAAGAUGUAAAUGAGGAAAAACAGGAGGCAGAUUCUGGACACAAAAUGAAUAAAAGUGAAAAUAUGGAAAAAGCAAAGAAAAGCAAUGAAAACAAAAGUGAGAAAACGUCUGUAGAUGAUGAUGAUGAUGAUGAAAAUGAUGGUAAAAGUGGUGUGAGAAGUUCUUGUUGACAUUAAACCUUGAAGACAGCUUGACAAAGCUAUGCCAAGGCAGAUUAACUGUCAACAUUGAGUGGUUUUGUGUGAUGUGCAACUAACAGUCUUACUUGGACACAUCUUGUGGCGUGUCUACUCUGAAACACCAGGCUGUGAAGUUACUGUAACAGAAAACUUACUAUGAUUCGUUUGUAGAAUAAAACAUUGCACAAUGAAGGAUUAAUUUUCAAGAAUGGAGGAAACAUAAUUUGAUUCUUAUAAAACAUUUUCAUCAGCAUUUACUUGAAGGAAUCCAUGAACUGCAUGAAAAAAGAUUUUAAAAAGAUUGAUUAGAAUGGAUAUGUUAAAGAGAAAUAAGUUUAAUAUUUUGGGUAUUUGCUUGUCAUGUUUGAUGUUACAUCUAUCAUCCUAUAGAUUGAUUGUUAACCGUCUAAAAUAUUUUUGUGUAUGUGUGUGGAUGUAAUACGAGAGAAAACCUGAAAGUUUAAAAGAGUUCUGUAAAAUGGAACCACAUUAAUUGAACUUCAGUAAAAUGGAACCAAAUGUAAGUAAUUUAUUCCAGGAGAUUACGUAGAUUAAAAAGCCUGUUUCUACCACAA